GUGAGAGCCUGAGAGGCGGAGAGCUAUGUGUUAUUGCCUAGGAGGCUAGGUCCUGAACCUGAAGAAACAUAACAAUGGCUUCUGAUAGUGAGGAAGACUUUCAGUCAGCUGAUGAAGGUUCUGAUUCUGAUGGGUACUCUGAAAAAGUGCAAACUUGUGACAAGGGAUUGCCACUCCCAAUUUCAUCUUGCAAAACAUCAACCACAUUGCCUAGGGAAACAUCUCCAAAUCAGAGCUCUUCUACCAGGAAGCAAUCUGCAGUGACCACAAAGGAUAUUAACUCUCUCCUAGAAAUUGAUGUUAAUGUCUCUAAUGUUGCUCCUAAUUCCCAAGUUGGUCCUGAAAAAUGUCCUGACUCUCAAGAUAAAUCUGAUAAAUUUAUUGAAUCUCUGGAGAAUCUAAGUGUAAGGGGAUCUAUUUUGGAUGAAUAUAAUUCAUUGACCACCAACAACAGACUUGCAAUUAAGAAAGAAUCAACUAAUGAGACAAUUGAUGAUAAGAACUCUGAAUUGAUAGAAUCUGUUAGUGAAAUAGAAUCAAAUGUACUAAGUGACUUUGAUCUUGCAAAUGAAUCUACAGAAAUUGAACAAGGAAAAAUUGAUGACUAUUCUUCGGUGACAAAUAUUCGGUGUAAAGAGAUGUCAGAAACAUCUGAAUUGUUGCAAUCAAUUGAUAUUUGUAAGAAAAAAGAGAUUCAAUCUAAAAAAUUAACAGAAAAUUCUAUCUAUUUUGUGGCUGAUAACAAUACAUUGGAAAAUUUGGAAGCCCAUAAAACAGAAACUGACCACAAUUCUGUCUACUCUGAGAUUGAUUUAUCAAAGGCCAAAAAGACUUCUAAAAUUGGACUUAAAAAACCCAGAGAGAAGUUGGGAGAAAAGCUGGGGGCCAAGAAACUUGCCCAGAGGCUGAACAAACCUUUGGAAGGCAUCAGCUGUGACGCGCUUGUUGAUAGUGGGAAUUCUGAACAGGCCUCUGGGUCACCAAUUGAUCAAAAGUCUGAACCUCCUAAAGAAAGCACAAGUGGUGAGGCUAGUGCUGGCUGGGGAGGAGGAUGGGGAAGCUGGGGCUCUACCCUGCUCUCAGCAGCCACCACCCUUACUCAGGAGGUUGGCCGCGGAGUGGGCUCAGUUGUGGAGCUUGUAGAGGAGGGCAUGGGAGUGCCCAGCCCAGAGGAGCUGGCAAGAGAGCAGCUGGAGCGCGAGAAGAUGCUCCAGCUCUGGGAUGACUGGGGUGAUCAGCCUCCACAAGGUGUUGAGUUUAACAAAGAAAUGGAUCCCUCAAAAAUGACACAAGACAAUGAUCCAUCAGCUAAUUCCGAAGAUGUGGCUAUAAAGGAUAUCACGAGCAACAGCAGAAGCUCGUUAGGAGGGCUCGGAUUUGGUGGUUUAAGUUCCCUUGUUUCCGGCGUUUCGGGCGCUCUUGAAAGCGCCGGCAGUAAAGUUGUGUAUGGAGGUCUGGACACACUCGAGCUUAUUGGCCGACGUACAAUGGAUGUGCUACAAGAGACUGACCCUGGCCUGAGAGCAAAGAAAGAUCGCAUUCUGCAGCGAGUAAAGAAACCUAAUCUUUCCGCCGUGUUGAAAGAGGCAAGAGAGCAGGCCGUGGCCAAUCCUCCUCCAGGCCUGGACAGCCCCACCAGCCCCGGACUUGGGUCUUCCACGCGAGUGUCGUUCUCGUGUCUGUGGAGCAACUGCACCGGUCCAGCGCACCUCGAAGCUCUCGCCCUCAUCGCACGUCAGUGCACCGCCACUGCCAAGGAAGUCAUGGCCAGCCUACCCGCUCUUGCUAGGGAUGAAGUGCAUCAAACUAAUUCUCAAAUUAUGGCUCUAUCUGAAAUCGAGGAAGAAAACUUGACAGGGAGCAGCAUCAUCUUUGCAGAGCGAGUUGAGACCACCAUCAGAGAUCUGCAGUUGCCUCUCAACGCUGACAACAUAGCCCAAUGUUGGUCGGACUUGUCAGCGAUGAGCGCGCAGUACAGUGAAGGCAGCGUGUCGCUGCUGGAGGCCGUGGCGUCGGUUGAGGCGGGCGGCAGCACCAUUGAAACAAACCUCAUCGGUGGCUGCGUGGCGCUGGUUGAGCGGCUUGUGGCCAUCGCCCACAAGGCUGCUGAGCUCAGCCUAAUAAGUGGCGAGCAGCAGCAGGAUCCGCUUAAGCUAGCAGCCAACUUCCGAGAAUUGGUGGUGCUGGGUGGCAGUCAGCUGGAGAGCUGCGCUGAUGCUGUGUGCGCCGGUCUCUCCUCAACGCCCCAGCAGGAGCAUCUCACGCCUGUCAUAACUAACAUCUACAUGCAGGUUUGUGAAGGCAACAGCUGCCUACAGCAGUCCUUAGUUCAUCUGUGCACGACGUUGCAGCUCGUGGUAACCCAGCGCGCUGCUGCUCUCCUCUGAGCGCCACUUGCCCACUCGCCGUAAUGAUUGGUCACAUUCGCAGCUCCUGAUCUAUUCUUUUACUCUUAAGAUUUGAAUGUAAGGUUUGAAGAUUAGAAGGUAAAUUAUCUUCAGUUUGAAGUAGUAUAUUGUGUUCAGGCUUCGAUAUUUUGUACGAAUUAUGUAACGUAUUAUACGUUAUUUAGUUACAUAGUUAUCUCUACUCUAUAUAGAUUUUAUACGUUGGUUGCAACCUUUAUCAAUUGUUAAACCGAAGCAAUGAAGCUAUUAUGCCUCUAUUUUAUUGAGAUAUGAUCAGAAGUUACUCGUGUGGCAGUACAACGCACAGCCGAAAUAAUUUCGAAAACGAUCGUUAUCAGUCUUUAAAAGUUUCAUGUAUCUUGCAUGAAAUACGGCGAAAUCGUUUUGAAAAGCCACGAGAGAGCCACACAAUUAGUUUUUGAAUCUUCGAAUGCAUUAGGAGAGUUUAUUCCAAAUUUUAUCUUUGCUGUUCUAAUUACUCUUAAGUGGUUAUUCCGAAGUAUAUUUCAAUAAUAAA